UCCAGCUCCAUCUGUCGAGUACAGAAGUCAGUUUGAAUCUCAAUCAUGGCCAACUGGUUUGUGAAUGAGGGGCUUUCCAUUUUCGUCAUUUUGGUGUGGCUUGGUAUCAAUGCAUUUCUAUUUGAACAUUUCUAUUUUGUGUACCUGGAUAAAAAGUUUUACUACACAAGGCAGCUUACUGGGGAUGCUUUGUCUUGGGCCAGAGCUUCAGCUGCCUGCCUCAAUUUCAACUGUUUGCUCAUCUUGCUACCUGUUUGCAGGAACUUGCUCUCCUUUCUCCGUGGAUCAUGCCAAUGCUUCAGCAGGAACGUGACCAGGCAACUGGACAGAAACCUCACUUUCCAUAAAUUGGUUGCAUAUAUGAUAGCACUUCAUACUGCUAUUCACACGAUUGCACAUUUAUUCAACUUAGAGCGAUUUAUGGACGGCCAACUGGACAAUCACGACACAAUUCAGUACACAUUGUCACAGAUUGGUAAUAUAGAAGGCCAGGCUUAUCUAAACCCUAUCAGGUCCAACGAUACUAAUCCAACCCUGAUUGCAUUUACAACAAUUGCAGGGCUGACUGGAGUGGUCAUAACUUUAGCUUUGAUUUUAAUUAUCACAUCAUCCAUGGAGGUCAUCAGAAGGUCCUACUUUGAAGUGUUCUGGUAUAUACACCACCUUUUUGUGAUCUUUUUUAUUGGACUCGUUUUUCAUGGAGCUGGACGCAUAGUACGCGGUCAAACAAAUCUAAAUGCAAGUGACCCAGAGCUGUGUGCAAAAGAGUUUAAAACUUGGGGACAAAAUAUUUCAUGUCCUGUACCAGAGUUUGCUGGAAAUCCACCUAUGACAUGGAAAUGGGUAGUUGGUCCAAUGUUCCUAUACCUUUGUGAAAGGUUGGUGCGAUUUUGGCGUUCGAUGCAGAAAGUUGUCAUAACAAAGGUGGUUACACAUCCUUCUAAGACCAUUGAGCUGCAAAUGAAGAAGAAAGGGUGGAAGAUGGAGGUUGGCCAAUAUGUGUUCCUUCAGUGUCCUUCCAUUUCUCAAUUUGAGUGGCACCCAUUCACUCUGACAUCUGCUCCAGAGGAAGAUUACUUCAGUGUUCACAUCCGGAUUGUGGGAGACUGGACCCAAAAACUAUUCACUGCUUAUGGUGGCGAUAAAACAGAUUUCCAGGAAGCAUGGAAAAUGCCAAAGAUGGCUGUAGAUGGACCCUUUGGAACAGCGAGUGAAGAUGUAUUUCGAUAUGAUGCAGUCAUGUUAGUGGGAGCUGGGAUUGGUGUUACUCCAUUCGCCUCUAUCCUCAAGUCAGUCUGGUAUCGAUAUUCCAACAAUGUCACUGAGCCUAAGUUAAAAAGAAUUUAUUUCUACUGGGUGUGCAGAGAAACCAAUGCAUUUGAGUGGUUUGCAGAUCUUCUGAGGUCUCUAGAGGCUCAAAUGGCGGAGAAAGGGAAUGCUGACUUCCUGAGCUACAACAUUUACUUAACAAAAUGGGAUGAUAAUGAGGCUGCCCAUUUUGCAUUAACACACGAUGAAAAGAAAGAUCCAAUUACAGGACUUGAGAAGAAAACAUUAUAUGGAAGACCAAACUGGGAGAAUGAAUUCAAAACCAUUGGAAGCAACCAUCCAAAUACCAAAGUCGGAGUGUUUCUUUGUGGUCCAGAAGCUUUGGCAAAGACUCUAAGCAAACAGUGCAACAGUAGCUCUGAUGCCAAUCCACUGGGAGUGCAGUUCAUCUUCAAUAAGGAAAACUUCUAAGACUUAUCCACAGGAGGAGCACCCAACAACAAAUUAAGGACAAACAUACAUGCUGCAUGAAUAUGGGAAGAAAAGAAGUGUUUCUUUCUGCAUUUAGCUCCUUUGAAAUGAUCUUGAAAUGCAACUGUUUACUGAAGUCUAACAAAACAAGAUGUUAUUAUCUCUGUAAAUGACAAUGGCUUGGAGAGUUUCUUCAAAUGAAAUGUAUAUUUUUUUCCUUGCUUUCACCCUUCCAACUGUUUUCAAACCAAGUUUACUUCUAUUUGAAGUCACUGGUUAAUGUUUAUCCCAGCAUCAGACACUGACCCUGGAGUGGGUGCCAGUAGUGUGCAUUGUUUAAACUUAAUAUUCUUUUAUUCAUUUUGGGCUGCUGAAUGCGAGAUACUGGUUAUAAUAUUGCUGUGUUUGUUGCUUAUUAAAUGCAAUUUUUUUAGAAUUUUUUGGUGAUUUUUGGUGUACUGUACUGGCUUAUUCUGAGCCACUCAGCUAUGGAAAACUUUGUAAGGUGUUAUUCAAAACUUUUGAAAUUGUAUACAUACAAUGUUAAAAACAUGUAUAUUAAAGUAUUUCAAUUUGAA